AUGGAGAUCGAGAAUGAGGGACGCGAAAGGCACAAGAAAGGCGACAAACCCGCACCCGCCGAUAGGUGGAAGAGCGGGCCCCACAAACAGGCACACUUACCCGCACCUGCUGAAAAGCAGAAGAGCGGGCCACAGCGACAACAGCAGCACAGACCCGCGCCCGCUGAAAAGCGGAAAAGCGUGGAACCAACAGGCUCCAACAAAAGAGGUAGCAACCAGGUCACUCCGCCAGGGACACCGGGCACCAAACGGCAGCGGGAGCAGCCACCCCCUCCGAACUCAUGGUCUAGGAGCCUGGGCGGGCCGAUCGAGCAGGGACAGGCGCAGGGGGGUUCCACUCAGCAACCCAGCUAUUCGGAAGCCCUCAAAGGCAUUCGGUAUGCACAGUAUUCAAAUUCUCUUCCAAUUGCUGACAGGGUUCUUAAUUGUUUUUCUAAUAAUUAUGAUAUUUUUUAUGUUAAUAGCUUUAAAAACCGACAAAAAAUGACAUUUGAUGAUGCACGUGGAAAACCCGAUCAGGAAUUCGACUUAUCAAGAGACCCGCGAGGAGAUAUUGAGUAUUCACCAAAGGUGGUAACUUUCUCAUCCGUUCAUCACCUUUCUUUACAUUUUCCUUCUAAUUUCGGUGACGAUGUAGCACGGAUCUACUAUAUUGGCCUUCGCGGCGAGUUCAAUGAGGCACAUUACCAUGGGGUAACAAUAUGCACUUAUGAAGCACGCCCAAAUGUCAGCGAUCACAAAACUGAAACCUACGAUGCAGUGAAUCGCACAAUACAAUAAUGAAGUGAUAUAAUAAUACUUACAUUUAUACUGGACCGAAUUGCGUGCUUUCAAAUAAAUUAUUUUAAUGUGUUUACAACAAACCGUAUGAAAACAAACACUGUA